AUGGAAGAUAAUUCAGAAGAACACCUAUUUCAAUUGCUAUUCCCUGGCGCACAUUAUAACUUGAGCACAGCAUCUUCGUUUGGACGCUCCCACUCUCGUCGCGUGAAUCCUCGUUUCUGCGUGUUUAGAAGUGUCGACAGCGAAACUGCGUACUAUGGUGAUGAAGAGAUUCCCGUAGUAAAGCCAGGAGACUCAAAUCAACGUCUAACAAGGUCUAAGACAGCAUGGUUUGACAACAGUGUAGACAAUUUUUUAAAACCAUCCACUAUACCUAUCGUUACUGUGGAGGACGAAUCUCAGGAAGACGAUUACAUUCUUUUGACUGCAUAUCAGCCAAGAAUUAAGGUUGCUCUACUCCAGACCCAAGACUUAUUUCGAAACGCAGGUUUUCAAAAUAGGAAGAGACCAAUGCUAUCUCAUGAGCUGAAAUUCUUUUCUAGAAAAGGCGCCAUCAUUCCAGAAUCACCAGUGGAAACUGAUUCUCCUGACGAUCCUGGUGUGCCAACGUUUUCGUUCACUUCGCCAUCUUUUAACGAUGCCGAUGACUCAAGCUACGACAACGACAAAUCAUUCGAUGCAUCCGAGAGACUUUCCGUAAAAAGCGUAGAGUGUAGAAGACAACUAAUUUUCUCUGAAACUCCCUCUACACGCAGAAGCACAUUUGCUUCGAAGAAAUCUACAACUCUGGCUGUCUCACCGAGUUUCACCUGCGACAACUCACUUCGACGCAAGUCAGUCUAUGUCCGCGAAACUCUGAGUAUGUCUGCUAAAGUUCCACGAAAAUUGUCAAGAAUGUUUUCCGGAUUUGGGGAUGAUACUCUAUCGAGAAAAAUGCGACUUACUGUGCCACAAAUGGGAUGUGAAGAAUUUAACAGGAUUACCCGAAAAUAUUCGAGGGAGUUAGUUAAGAACGUUCUAUUUGUGCCUCGUGGCGCGAUAAGGAUCGUGCGGUUAUCGAAUGAGCGAUUUUUCGACGUUGACAAUAUUGCUGAAUUACUUCGCACCUCUUUGUCUUAUGCUCAGAAGAAAUGA